AGGUUAGAAUUUCUUGUUUAUUGUCGGCAGUCGAUGCCUGCUAUGUAUUAACAACAAACAUUCACAAGAAUCAAUUAAGCAAACUUUUUAUUAUGUAUUAGCUAUCAUCCAUUCCUUACAACCCUGUCUUGCAAUUUUAUUCAUCACAAUAUGGUUUUGUAGAAUUAAAAAAAUAUUGGACCUAGUAAUUUGCAUGAAGUAUGCCUAGUUCUCAUUUAUUUGGAAUAAAUAAUGAAGGACGAGUACAUACACUCUCCACUACAGGUUCCUUUUGGAGAGAAUUACCUUAUGCUGGACAAGAAUUCAAGAAGUUGUCUGCCUUACCCCAUUUCUUGUGGGCAGUGGGCGGUGAUCAUCAGAUAUAUGUUUAUGUCCAUGGUUUAGAUAUUCCUAUUAGAGUUAGAGAAGAAUCAUAUGAAAAUGAGAGAUGGUAUCCGAUUGAAGGUUUUUCAUCCAAAUUACUACCGACUGAUAGAUUUCGAUUUUCAAAUGCAGAUGGAUCUUGCGAUCGGUCAUUGGAUAAAAUACGUCUUCCCUCUAUGGCCUGGCAGUGGGAAGGUGAUUGGAAAAUUGAGUUAACUUUAGAUGGACAACCAUUAGAUCACAAUGGUUGGACUUAUGCUAUGGAUUUUCCCACACAAUUUCAUCCAAAGAAGCAAUGGACGAGUUGUGUAAGAAGGAGGUUGUGGGUUCGAUCAAGAAGAUACAGCGCCAUGAAUUCUUGGUGUGCUAUUGCCCCCCUUCAUAAGGAUGCUACUAGUGAACCCUUCAUAGAUAUCUCUGUUGGUGGUCAAUCUGUAGUAGGAGCAGAGGAAGGUACCAUGAUUGUGUGGGCUAUCACAUCUCUGAAUAGAGUUAUGUUUAGGGUAGGAGUAAGUGCAAAAUCGCCUGAAGGAACUCGUUGGUCUGAAAUAGCUGUCCCACUUGGAAACGAAGUUAUUCAGUUGAAUGUAGGUCCGACAGGUUUAACCUGGGCAACUUUGGCAUGUGGAAGAGCUAUAGUGCGGGUAGGAGUGACUAGGGAUAAUUUACAAGGUGUUAAUUGGGUAGAAGUGAGAAAUCCUGGAACUAACUCUCUCAAAAUUAUCCAACUUUCUGUUGGGACUAAUGCAGUUUGGGCAGUUACUCAAGAUAAGCAAGUGUGGUUUAGAAAAGGCGUAAAAGGAGAAGGCGCAGGCAUGAGUGAAGAUUUAGCUAUAGGUUCAGGCUGGAUUGAAAUGGUUGGAAGAAUGGCCCUUAUAUCAGUCUGUUCCAACGAUCAAGUGUUCGGCAUUGGUGCUGAUGAUAGAAGGGUAUACUUUCGUACAGAGGUUUCUCAGUUUGAUCUUACAGGCAAAAGAUGGAGAACUUUAACUGCACCACUUCAAGUAAGCCGUGCCAGUAGUAAUGCUAGUCUAAACAGGGAUAAGUUUCAUCGUAGUACCCAAAUGCUGAGUAGGCCAAGUAGCAUGUACGAGUCUUCCGCCCUCUGCGAUUUCAACGAACAGUCCCAUUCAGCGCCAACAGUACCCACAUCUCUUCCAGUUGGCGAUUUGAGUACCAAAUUCGAGGCUCAGCCCAAGAAUCCCAAGGCCUGGAGUCCGGUCCAUUCUGUCGGUUCUGUGGUUGGUGUGGAAGCACGAGCAGAUACCGACGAAAGUAUCUGGAGUAGUAAGGAUUCCUGUAUUUAUGCAGACGAUGAGGAACUUGGUUGGGCCGAGUACGAAGCGCCUUGGUCGUGGGUUGAGGCAGGAGCUUGUAGUGUAGAAAAUGGGCUCAUUCCGAAUUGGUUCACCAUAGGAAAUGGAUCUAGUAUUGAAGAGUUAGAUCAACCGUGGCGUAAGCAGAUUCUUGAAUCUUUGAAGGCAAGACUUCCAAAUUCGGAGGAGUUUGGUAAAUAUGAAAUGGCGGUAGAUACUUCCUCUUGGGUUCACACAGGUGAAGCCAGAGUUAGUAUGAAGAAAAGGCCGUUUCUCGAGUGUUCUCUUCAACUGGAGUGGCUGCAGAAUAAUGGUACUUUGACGGUGUUAAACCCAGAUGGUGCUUCCACAAUGACAUCCUUCAGUUUAAGCCAAAUCACAUGUAUUCAAAACUGCACCGAGCCAGGUAAUCCAAGAUUGGCCUUAUUCAUUCCAAGAUUGGUCCCUCCAGUGGUCCAGCUUCAGUUCACAAGCGACAAUUUACUUGAAGAAUGGCAGACUCAUCUUCACACAGCUUGUUUAAAGAUUCACAACAUUACUGGUAAACCGAGUGAUUCAUGUGUAUGGGCUGUUACUAAAUUGGGAGAUAUUUUUGUUUGGGAUCCUACUGAACUGGAGAAACAUCAGCUUAGAGAAGACGAGUUUUAUGUCCAGAAGUAUGAUCUUAGUGGAAAAGAAUCACCAAUCAAAAUACCUUUGAGAGUUGGAUGUUCUCUUGGAUCUAUUAUCACUCUUUCUGGAUGUGUAGGAGAUGACGCCGAAAGAAUAGGAAUCAAUUUAGAAGCUGAAAAUACUUACAAACUCAAAAGUAAAUCUUUCACUGAGUUUGAGAAUAUAGUUCUUCACAUAAAUCCACGGUUUAGUGAAGGUUGCGUUGUGAGAAAUACUAUGAUUGACGGGAAAUGGGGCAAAGAAGAGAAAGACGGCCCCAUGCUCUUUACUAAAGGUCAAGAGUUCACGAUAAAGAUUGAAACAACCGAAGAUGCUUAUGUCAUAUCUGUGAAUAAUGAAAAAUUUUGUACAUAUAGACAUAGACUCCCCCCUCAGUCGGUGUCUCACUUGAGUAUUUGGGGCAGGCUCCAGCCUUUCAGAUUGGUGAUCAAAAGUCCCGAAAUGAUCAUAGAUCCGUACAGUGUCUUUUGGCGACAGAUUGGAGGCCAUGUCCGCAAAGUAGAAUGUUGCAAUGUUGGAGUUACGUGGGCCAUUGGACAUGACCAGACAGCUUGGGUUUAUACAGAAGGAUGGGGUGGAGGUUUCCUAGGCAAUAUGGAGAGUCAUAAUGUACAUCCUAUGACCGAUUCCCAGGAUUACAGGCUUUACGAGAACCAAAGGUGGAAUCCUGUCACAGGUUUUGCUUCAGCAGGUUUACCAACCGACAGACCUAUGUGGAGUGAUGCUUCAGGUAAACAAAAACGUCUGAAAGAUCAGGUUAAACUUCAGUCGAAACACUGGCAAUGGAUUUCUGACUGGAUGGUUGAUUAUCACGUGCCAGGCGGGGUAGAUAAGGAUGGUUGGCAGUAUGCCGUUGAUUUUCCUGCUAAUUUCCAUGCCAGCAAAAAUUUCACUGAUUACGUAAGGAGAAGACGUUGGUACAGAAGAUGCGCCGUGUCUACAAUUGGACCAUGGCAUGAGCUUGGUCACACAAAACUGAUAGAUGUCUCAUUGUCACCUGUCAGAGACGAUAUGGAAUCUGUGAUCAGUGUCUGGGCGUUGGCUUCUGGUGGUCAACCAAUUAUACGAGUGGGCGUGUCCAAGAAGAACCCUAUGGGUAACGGCUGGGAGCAUGUCAACUCGGAUAAACCUUUGAGUAGCAUAAGUUGUGGGCCCUUCGAUAGAGUUUGGGCAACGGAGAAGAAAGGCUCCGCAUGUGCAAGGUUAGGAAUAACGGAAGACAAACUAGAAGGUGAAAAAUGGGCAACUAUACAAGGUCCAACCGGUGGCGAGUUGAAGCAAAUAUCGGUCAAUACUUUGGGAAUUUGGGCAGUGGAUAAUUUAGGGAAACUCCAUGUGCGGAAAGAGGUUUCUUCAGACAAUCCUCAAGGCACACAUUGGCAAGCAAUAAUUGCAGGACCUCCUCUUUUAAAUUCAGGCACACGUUCGACAUGUUUCAAACAAGUGAGUGUGGGACGGGUUGGAGUUUGGGCAGUUACAGAUGGUGGAACGAUUGUUAGAAGGCUUGGUAUAUGUCCAAGUAAUCCAGCAGGUUCUGGAUGGGACCUUUUUCCUACAGAAAAGUGGCAUUACAUCAGUAUUCAGGCUCUUAACUGACUUAUUGAAAUUAAUUUGCAGCAUUUAUAACUGGAAUAUUGCGAAAUUAAGCUUUUAAUGCAGCAAUUUCAUUCCAAGUUAUUGCUUCUAGUCUUUUAAUUUUAUAAAAUUCUUUAAAAGUACCUAAGUAAUUUUAUGUGAAUCUCAUUUUUUGUUCUUGACUUAUAGUACUAUCUGAAUUGAUGCAAUAUGAAGGAUCAACGUUCAAUUUGUAAUUGAAUGAUUGAUCUCUUACCUGAUUGGAGUACUCAUUCAUUCGUACAUUUAGCCAGUGAGAUUUUUAAAAAUUGAUUUUGUGAUAUGUAUUACUUUUAUUAAGAGAACAUCACUUUUGGAUGUUAUUGAUUCAAAAGAUCUAUUAGAAAUCUUUGACACUUUUUUCUUGAAGAGUUCUUCGAAUUGUAAAGCUCAAAUAUUCAAACUAUAAAUAUGUUACAUUCCCAAAUAAACAUUCACUCAAGCAAUUAUAGAGGAGAGGAUACUCAAUUUGAUAUUAUCAGUGGAAGUCUGUUGAGAAAAAAAUCCUAGAGUAGCAGUUGCAAAAGAAGUAUCUUUCAGUUUUGUUAAUUGGUUAGUUAUUCUCUAUUUGAACCACUAAGUUGGAAGAAGUUUCCUGUGUGAAAAUAUGCAAUUUUUAUUUUAUUAACAUUCCAGUUUGCAAGGAAUAAAUAUCCAUAACACAUCAAACUGUUUUCUACCAUAUUUGUAAAUCUUAUUAUUCUUUUGAAGACUCAUAUUUAUUCGUCAUACUUAUAUUGAAAUUUUUGUAUGGAUGUAUAUUUUGUGAUUUUUUUUUGCUUAUUAUGUGAUAGAUAUACAGUGAAUUAAAGCAGACUAAUAUUUUA